AGUGGGUUGAUGUUGAAGUAGGAAUCAAGGAUUGUGUGUCGGUCAUCAUCUACAGAAGUAAUCGGCCAAGGGUUUGCGCUCUACAGAAAAAUAAUCAAAGCAUUUCUAUCAUCAGAGCUUGAUUUCCAAAUGUUAUCUAAAUCUCAGUGAAGUCGAAGAUAACAUUGCACCCCAGACCUGUACAUUUGAGAAGGUGUGACCAAAGAGAUGAUGACGGACCAUGGUGAAGAAAGCAGCUAUGAGGCCCAUGUGGGGAUGAGGCCUUUUUCUACAGACGAAGUCUUUCGUGAGUCAUCGCUCUACUCCAGAACCACCAGGGACGAGCACCCACUCAGCACAGGGGACAUGGACGGGCCCUCAGAUACAGACAGUGGGAGCAGAGGACGCAGAACCUACCACAGCAGACUCUCAGAGGACAAGAAGAGCAGUUAUGAUGAGCUUGUUUCAUCGGACAAAGGACUUCUGCUAAAAACUCUCAUUGAUGCCGAAUCUGCUGCCAACUCGGCUGCCAUUCAGCUGGUGUCUUUUAAGGACAUCUUGGAUGAUGACUUUGGGGACUCGAGGUGCUCGAGUGAUCUACGCUUGUCCAGGCAGAAAGGCCUUUUGUUAGAUAAGUUGGAGGUCUUCAAGCGCAUCAACAAGUCUGUCCGCCACCAGCUGAAAGAGCUGCAGGAUCAAGAGGCAUGCCGCAUGGAGACAGACAGACAAAUUGAUGUGUUACUGAAGAGGCUAACAAAGACAGAGUGUGAAAAUCAGCAUUUGAAAUCUAAUCUGAGUGACCGCGAGAGAAGAAUAGAGGAACUGAUGUCUCUACGAAAAAAAGAAAUGGAGAAUGUGGAGUCUGUGGUCCAGCAGUCCAGAUCGGUGGAGUCCACUCGCGCACACCUCCAGAAUCAGCUCCGCAGCAAAGAGGCGGAGAACAACCGCCUGACUGUCCAGCUCAGGGGUUUGGAGAGGACCGUCACCGAACAGAAGUUAGAAAUUGACGACAUGAAGGGUCAGAUCAAUGCCGUCUUGGAGAAGGCGGCACAGGAGAAGGACGCCCUGAAGAGGGCCACCCGAGCUCAGAAGCAGAGGGCCGAGAGGUUUGAGACGGCCGUGGAGAAAGGCUACGAGCAGCUGAGAGAGAAGGACGUGAGUCUGGCAGAGACGCGCGCUGAGAAAGACAUGUGGAAGACCCAGCACGAGCAGAUCGCCGAGGAGAAGGUGCAUCUGGACACAGAGAUCACCAUUCUGCGCGAUCAAAUCACAAGCCUGACUGACGAGCUGCUGAAGGAGAAGGAUGCAGCAAGUGCUGCCAAUGCAGUUCUGCUCAAGAAGGUUGAGGCCCUGAACACUGAGAACAGCGAGCUUGGCCUGGAGAAUGCGACUCUCAAGGCCUCGAUUUCGGAGUUUGAGUAUAAGUUGGAGCACUCUUUAACCGUAUACCAGGAUCACAGCACACGAUCUGAAGAGAAGAAAAGCCAGCUCGAGCAGUACCAAAUUCAGAUAGCUGAGUUACAAACCGAGGUCACAGACUUGAGGAUAAAGCUGGAAAGUCUCUUAAAGGAGAAAGAGAAUACCAUAGACGGAAGACAUGCUGAGGUUGCCAAGGCGAGGGAGCAGCUUGAGGCCAGAGUGCUGGAGCUCGAGGCCUGCCCUGAGCUCCUGAGUGCUAGUGAGCAGCACCUGCUGGACAGUCAGGACAACCUGCAGCGCUCCGAGAGGAAGUACGCGGAGCGGGCCGAGGCCUUCCGCCAGCACGAGGCUAAGGCCGAGCGACAGCUGGAGAAACUGAGGUCCUCGGUGGAGAUGAAGGAUUCAAUUAAUGAAGCAAACAGUCAGCUCCAGGAGAAAGUGGAAUCGCUUCAGAAGCGUAUGGAGGAGGCCCAUGCUGAGAACAGGGAGCUGGUGCACAGGCUCGGGGCCCAGGAGGAAGCCCUGCACUACAGCAGCCGGCAGCUGGAGCAGCGCUCGGCAGAGUGCCAGGCUCUCAGCCGCCAGCUGGAGACCGCCCUCACCGACGUCCGCCUGCAGGUGUCCAAGGUGAAGGAGAAGACCUCGACCCGAGAGGUAAAUCUGCAGGCCCGGAUCCAGGAGCUGGAAGCCGAGAAAAACAGGAAGGAGAACGAGCUGAAGCAGCUCAAGCAAAGCAAGAUAUCGAGUGAGAAGCAGUUUGAAGUACGCCUCAAAGAUCUGCAGCUGAGCCUGGAUCAGUCAGAAAGCCACAAGCAAAGCAUUCAGAACUAUGUGGAUUUCCUCAAAAACUCCUACUCCACCAUGUUUGAUGAGGGCCUGCCAUCAAGCUUGGGAUCAUCUUAUUUCUUAAAGUAAUGCUUGCAGGUCUACUUUCUGUCUGUUCCACAUGUUUUUGUGUGUGUUUGUGAGUCUGUGUUCCUGUUAUUGUGUAACCAUAACAGAAAUCAUCAUUGUUAUGUUGUAUUACAAGAAGACAUUCUGUGGAAUCCACCUUCCAAAUGUAAUCUGUGACCAGUUUCAGGUUGUAUUUAUAAAUUUUAUAUAUUUAUUUGUAUAGACAGAUCUAUAUUGUUUCAUGGUCUAAAUUAUUAAAAUAUUUCCUAAAAGUCA